AAACGAUCCCCGUGUGGAGUUGCAUUGUUUGGCAACCCGGGAAAGGCUGGCAAUUGAGCAAUCGGACCUUUUAACGACACGGGAGAUAACGACGUGCCGCAGCGGUUGCCGUACGGUGACCGUACCGGAAGCCGCGAUCUUGGCGGGUAGCAAAGAAAUCUGGGUCCACGACAGCUCUCUUCUCCGCAGUUUCACCAGCCUGUCAGUCCUGACUCAAUCCAUCGAUUAGGAAUCCCCAUCAUCGCACUGCAACACGAUGGCGCCCAAGGAAACCAAGUUCAGGGUGGCUGCCGCCCACGCUGCGCCUGUCUUCAUGGACAAAGCCGCCACCACCAAGAAGACUGUCCGCCUCAUCGAACAAGCUGCGAAAGAUGAUAUCAAGCUCUUGGUGUUCCCCGAGACCUUCAUUCCUGGCUAUCCUUACUGGAUUGAAUGUUACCCACCCCUAAAGCAGGUCGCUGCUUUGGCAAAAUAUGCCGAAGAGAGCGUCGUGGUGGAGCCAAAUGGGGAGGAUGUGAGUGCCAUCCAAGAUGCCUGUCGCAGGACCGGUGUAGCCAUCAAUCUGGGCGUGUGCGAACGUGUCGCCAACGGCCAUACACUGUUUAACUCGCAAGUUAUUAUCGAUAGCGACGGCACUAUACUCGGUGUUCAUCGCAAGCUCCAGCCAACCUAUGUCGAGCGCAUGGUGUGGGCUCAGGGCAACGGAAGCACGUUGCGCAAUUGGCCGUUGUCGCUCGGGUACAACCUCGGAGGACUCGCGUGUUGGGAACAUACCAUGAACGGCGCACGUCAGGCCCUCAUCACACAGAACCAACACAUUCAUGCGGGAGCUUGGCCGGCCUUAUCCACUAUGGCCGGUUUCGAAGCCGUUGCCGACGCGCAGAUCGAGGCGUUGAUGAAGGCGCAUGCCUUGACUGCCCAAGUCUUCGUCAUCACUGCUUCCAACUACGUCGAUCAACAGUGCCUCGACUGGAUGGAAGAGAACCUCGGAAAGCAGGAUCUCGUCAAGGCUGGCGGCGGCUGGUCCUCUGUCAUUCAUCCGUUCUGCUCGUACAUCGCUGGUCCGCACACGGGCGGAGAAGAGAAGUUGGUGCAGGGCGAGAUUGACUUCUCUCACAUGGGAUCGGUGAAGGUAUGGAUCGAUGCGGCGGGCCACUACCAGCGUCCAGAGAUUCUGCAGUUCGCGUUCGAUGCGCGCCCACACUGGGCUGAUGAAAAGACCGAUCGCUUCAAGGUGCGUACAGAUGAGAAGAAGUCGGAUACUGAGAGUGGUUAUCCGUCUCAGAGUGAGGUGAGGUCGAACUAGAGAGAUGCAGUCUUGGCAAACUGUGCCGCAUUGGCAGGCAGUCGCGAUAUGAAGUGGCGUGGUAUGUGUGACAUGUUACUGGUUGGACCUCGUGGAGGCUUAGCGACUCAGCCAUCUUGUGCAGCCUCCCUCAGGCGGGGUCAGGUACAACUUCAUAUGAAGACCACUUUCAUUAUAACAUCAUUGUUACGUUCCCCAGAAAUUCCGUUGUUCUUUUGUUAUGCCGGUCACGUUCGGUGCCGUAGGCGACAUCAUCUCCGUCGUUUUGCUUGUGAAA